UGCCAAUUUUAGGAAUUCCACAAUUUAUAUUUUUCCACCAACAAUUUACAGGUGAUCAACAAAGAGGUUUCUUCAAAUAUGAAGUUGUUUAGCUGGAUGCAAAAUAAGUUCAAUGGUGGUGGGCAAUUAGGGAAAAAAGUUCAAACCAAAAAUCAGGCAAAUCAAGAACGUCCUCGAAACGAAGAAUUCAACGGUUGGCCUGAUUCAUUACUAGCCAUUGGAACUUUUGGUGCCAGCAGCAGUUCUCUAAAUGCAAAAUCAGAGACCACCGAAAACAUACAAAAUCAAAAUGAUAAUGAAAUCUUAGAGGACACAAAUUAUUACAAUGAGCAAAGUUCCUCUCUGGAUUUAACAGAAUUCACACCUGAAGAAGUUGGCAAAUUACAAAAAGAACUAACAAAACUACUAUCAAAAAAACCGGCGGCUGCGGCUAAAUUAGCAGCAGCCGAAGGUAGACAAGAUGGUAAUCUCCCAUUGGACAGAUUCCUGAAUUGCCCGUCAAGUUUGGAAGUCGAUCGAAGGACUUCCAGCAGAUUUAGCAGUACCAAUUCGGAGAUUUAUGAAAAUCUUGAUGAGCAAGAAAUUGAUAGGACUAUUAGAGCAAUUAUUGGGAGAUGCAAGGACCAUGUUUGCAAGACCAAUAAUAAAAAGACAGUAAAUGGGAUGAAAUCAGUUUCCUUUCUUCUCAAAAAAAUGUUCGUUUGCUCAAGUGGUUUUACACCUACUCCUAAUUUGUAUGACGCAUUUCCGGAAUCGAGAAUGGAGAAGCUUUUAAGGACAAUACUUUCAAAGAAAAUAAUCCCUCAAAGUAGCUCUAGAAUAUCAACAAAGAGAUAUUUAGAGGAGCGAUGUGCACCAAAGGAAGAAACAGAAGAGAAAAAACGAGAGAAAACUUGUGAUGGAUCUAAAUGGGUCAAAACCGAUUCGGAUUUUAUUGUUCUGGAAAUUUGAUAGGCCUCUCCUCUUGGGUAAAUAAAUGGGAUGUUCAAACAAUACUCUUUUUAUUUUUUUUUGGCAGGAUACUUCUUCUUUUUUCCCCCUAUUUUUCCAUGGUUGUAUUAAUCCACACAAUUGAUGCAACACAUGUGUAAUACUGAAGAAUCUUGCGUUUUGUAAUAAUUUUUUUUCCGAGAUGUCUAGUUAAAAAGAAUAA